AUGGGAUGCCUUAGAUCCCGGACCUGGGCCCAGGCUUCGAAUCUCCAGGGACAAAGCUUCAAGAUGUGCGGCCGCCAGGACAUGUUGCAAAAUGCCGCAGGAGCGAAACCAGAUUGGCAAACGACUCGUGCUCUUCUUGCUCUCCGACAAGGCAGGAUCCGCCAGACCGCAGUUCGCAACGAUGGCAAUCGCCCGGUCGCAAACCUCUCGGGCAGCAGUCCCACCAGCCAGACAAGCCAUGCUAGCGGCGCAUCGAAAACGGUGCGUCGAGAUGUGAAGCCAUUGCUGAAGGCGGCAACAAGCGGCAACAUCGGAAGGAGUCCGGCUGCGCAGCCGACCGAUCUCCAGUGA